GUGUACGCGGGACCUAAUAUUUCAUUUCUUUAUUUUAAAUGCGAGCCAAAUAUAUUUAUGCAUUCACUUAUUGCAUGCGCUAUUACAGGGAAGGUUUUGGGCGCGGAGCUGGAGGCGGGUUUUUUCCUCUCGGAGUUUCAGUGGAAUUCCCGGCACCGGAGUGAGCUGACAGGAACUACUCUCUCUCUCAGUCUAGCUCGGCUCCUGAGACUCUUCUGUGGACUGUGACCGCAGGGAGCCUUGCGUUGAACCACGGGACAGGGGAAAUAACCGGGUGGAGUCGAACACAGCGCCUUCUGUUCGCGAUCUGGAAUCUACAGCGAGCCUGGAUACCGGAAUCAGAGCCGAGCAAGCUCCCUCAUUUAAAUGAAACCGCUCCCGAUCGCAGACAGGUUGGAAGUGUCAGCACAGAAGAUGGAUUACCAGAAGGGAGGAAGACUGGCAAACUGCUUUGCAGAAGUUCAUUGGAAUAAUUAAACUUUAGAACUAGCGGGGAAAUCAAAGAUUUUUUAAGAGAGACAAAGAGGAGCAGAGGAGACUAUAAAGCCUGCUGGGGACAAGGAUCGGGAGGAUGUCUUCAAGUCUAACUUGUGCCGGGGUGCUGUGGGCCGCGCUCUCCCUGAUAUGCGCCGCCGCCUCCUGUACUGGUUUCUUCAUGCCUUACUGGCUGCUGGGCUCCCAGCUCGACAAGCCGGUCAGUUUCGGCGUCUUCCGCCGCUGCACUUACCCGGUGCGCCAGGACGGCCACCCGCAGUCGGUGGUGAUGGUGGAGCAGUGUGGCAGGUACGCUACCUUCCUGGGCAUCCCCAGCCUGGCUUGGAAGAUCUGCUCGGUGGUGACCGGCGUGGGCUGCGGUCUGCUCCUGCUGGUGGCGCUCACCGCUAUCAUGGGCUGCUGCGUCUCCGAACUCAUCUCUCGGACCGUGGGCAGGGUGGCUGGAGGCAUUCAGUUCGUGGGAGGCCUGCUGAUUGGUUCAGGCUGUGCGCUGUACCCUCUGGGCUGGAACAGCGAAGAAGUUCAACAGACAUGCAGCAACCUCUCCGACCAGUUUGAGCUCGGCUCAUGUCGGCUGGGAUGGGCCUAUUACUGUACCGGAGGCGGGGCAGCUGCUGCAAUGCUUCUCUGCACUUGGCUGGCCUGCUUUGCCGGUAAAAAACAGAAACACUAUCCAUACUGAAACCCCAAAUACGGACAAAGAGAACUGUGGAGGAGUAAAGUUGAGAGCAAAGUAUUUUCUGGGAACUUUUCCAAUGAACUUGCUCCACAUUGCUUUCUACAUCGGAAGGAAGGAGAAAAUUCCUAACUGAAAAUGAAUCGGAGUGGAAGACUUCUGCCUGGUGUUUAUCUGAUAUUUUUUCUUGUUAUGUGCUUGUUUCUCAGAAAUAUGGUCUUUCAACUCUUUAAAGAGGAAGGAAAGUCCUCCAUAAAAUGUCUGUUCAAAGUGCUCCUUGCUCAAGCUUUCUCCUGUUUAAAAAGAUAACCAAAGCGUAAACGCUGGUGAUGUUUUAAAUAUAAAUGGAAUCCCGGAGGGGACCUUUCCUGUUUGCUCAGAUAGUGAGGCAUCUUUCAUGGGUAAUAUCCUAAGAUGACUCCAUUAUAGGGAGCAACCUUUAUAAGGAGCAGGAGAGGGCAUGGGGAUUUGCUGAACACACUGGGCCAAUAGCUUUGGGGCAUCUGUCAAAUUAGUUCUCAACGGCUGCUGUACACAGGCAACACCCUCCAUCAGUGGAAAUGCAAUCAUCAUGCUAGCAAUAAUAUUUUCAAUUACUUUUGAAAUGACGAGUAAUUUUGUCUGAUAAAAGAAUGGAGCACUUUGAAUAAAAUUUACUCCCUUUAGACUUUUCUUUGCCUUUAAAUAAGAUGUUUCAAGGACCAAUUUUACUAGUAAAAUCUUUUUUUUAACUUGUAUGUACAUAAUUUUAUAUGUAAUGUAUAAUUAUAUAUUCGUACACACAACAAAUACACGGUAUUCACCCAUUUCCAGUUUGAGGAAAAAACAUAGUGUCUCACAAAACUAAAUAUUAGUCAAUGUAUUUAAUAGAAUGGUUCAUGUAUCAUGUUAUCAGUUCCAGCUAGACUGUAUUCAAUACGUAUCCAGUUCUGUUUAUAUGUUUGUAAGGUACAAUUUUGUCAGUGUUGCUGCUGUUACGACAUACAGGUAACAGUACCUUUCUGUGCAGUUAUGUAACCGAUCUUCUUAACAGCAAAAGGAAAGUACCCUCCUUUCUCUUCUAAAGGAGGGUUGGGCUGGACUGCCUUCAAAUGCUUUCCAACUCUGCUGUAAAUCUAACCAGUGCUCUGCAUUCAGGCGAGAGUGCUUGCUGGUGGUCACUUCAGCAUCAGCAAGUGGGAAGACACGACACGUCCCUUCCCCCAACACCAAUCCUGCAACCAGGCAGUUUCCAAUGGUUCUGCAACAAAACUGACCCUGGGGCACCAGCAGAAUUGUGGGAAGGUUAAAGGGGCCACAAAGAAAUUAAUGCAGUGAUUGUACUGUGUCUGCACACAUUUCAAUUUCUGUCACUGCUCUUUUUCUCUUUCAGAAUCAGAAUCAAGUUUGAUCAGACUCACUGGCAAGUGCCGUGAAAUGUGUUAACUUUGCAGCAACAAUAUUAAAAAAAAUUAUGAAUUACAGUAUGCAUGUAUUAAAUGGUUAAAUUAAGUAGUGAACAAAAAAGAAAUAAAGUAGUGAGGUAAUGUCCAAGGAUUCAAUGUUCAUUCAGAAAUCGGAUGGCAGAGGGGAAGAAGCUGUUCCUGAAUUGCUGAGUGUGUACCUUCAGGCUUCUGUACCUCCUUCCUGAUGGUGGCAAUGAGAAGAGGGAAUGUUCUGGGCGAUGGGGGUCCUUAAUGGUGGACGCUGCCUUUUUGAGGCACCGCUCCUUAAGGAUGUCCAGGAUGCUACAGAGGCUGGUGCCCAUGGGGAGCUGACUAAUUUUACAACCCUCUGCAGCAGCUCCCCCCACCCCAUACCAGACGGUGAUGCAGGCAGUCAGAAUGUUCUCCGUGAUACAUCUUUAGAAAUCUGGAAUUCUGGGCAGUUCAGAGAGACACCGACUAUGGAUUGCAUUUUGCUUGACUGCAUUGUUUAUUGACCAGACCCAGCAAACCUAUAGAGUGACGGUCAAAAAUCCAAGCCCCUUUGCAAGUGAAAUGAUUUUCCUUCAGAGUGCUGUGAAUCUUUGGAAUGGCAGUUCCAAUGGAGUCUUUGAUUUAUGAGGUUAAAGACUGGUGGAAUCUUGAUAACUAGAAAGUGAAAUGUGAUUAGGUUGAAAGGUCAAGUUGAAAUUAUAAUCAAAUCAGCUAAGAUCAUAUUAACUGGCAGAGUAGCCUUGAGGAGCUGAGUGUACAGCUCAGUUUAGAUUUAAGCCACAAACAGAACAGCCUCAAUGGCCAAUUAAUCAAUGGCCAAUUAAACUUUAUGCCUAAAUGAAAUUUGAGAUUUGGAUCCAAAUGUGAGACUAUUGACCAACAUUGAGAAUAAAUAUUCCUGUCACGACAGCUAUAUGCUUGUAAUGCUGUUAAAUUGAAAACCUAAACUCAGUGCCCUCUUUAUUCAGUACAGGAGUAGAACCUGGUGUGGUCUUCUGCUGCUGUAGUCCAUUCAUUUCAAGGGUCAACAUGUUGUGCAUUCAGAGAUGUUUUCCUGCACACUGCUGUGGAAGCGCAUGGUUGCUUGAGUUACUGUCACCUUCCUGUCAGUCUGGCGCAGUCUGGCCAUUCUCCUCUGACCUCUCUCAUUAACAAGGCGUUUUCACCCACAGAACUGCCACGCACUGAAUUUUUUUUUUGUUUUACACACCAUUCUUCGUAAACUCUAGAUAUUGUUGUAUGUAAAAAAAAAUCCCAGGAGAUCAGCAGUUUCUGAGAUACUCAAACCACCCCAUCUGGCACCAACAAUCAGUCCAUGGUCACAGCACUUAGGUCACAUUUCUUCUCCAUUCUAAUGUUUGGUCGGAAUAACAAAUGAACCUCUUGACCAUGUCUGCAUGCUGUUUAUGCAUUGAGAUGUUGCCAUGUGAUUGGCUGAUUAGAUAUUUACAUCAAUGAGCAGUUGUACCCAAUAAAGUGGUCACUGAGUGCAUAUGCAACUUGAAACACAAAGUAAUUUUUCCUAGCUGAUAUCCACAUUACUGCCUCAAGCAAAUUGUGAGUCAUAGUGUCUCUCUGAGCUGCCUGAAAUUACAGUUAGGUCCGAGUAGCAGAAAGAGAAAAGCUUUUUUUGAGUAGAAACUUAAUUUGAAAUGAAUGCAGACCCAGUACAAUCACUGUAUGCCUUUCUCAAAAUGUGCUAAGGAAGCACAAUUCCAAAUGCUUGCAAAAUGUUUAACAUCUAUUAUGACCCAUAACUGCAAUGUCCUGAGUAGACUCCCAACUCUGUCAACAGCAUGAUUAAAUAUUUAAUAAUUAAUCAUUCUUAGUACAGAUGCUUCAUCUCUCAGCAUCAAAAUAGUGUUUAUUUCCCAUUGAGGAUUUGGAAUAUCAUGAUAUUAUUAAUUAAAGGCGCUUAGCUUUAUUUGAAAUGUUGUUACACUCAAACUCCACCACACCCCAGUUGGUGAAGGUGGAGGGUUCGAUAUUACUCUAUACAUCAAGGGGCAUCGGCACACAUUUAUAGUUCACAGAUGAUGAUUGGUUAGUCAAGAGAAAGCUCACAGCCCUUUAUAGCAAUGUGUGUGGAGAGAGUGGACGUGGACACAGUGAAUUAUGAAACUGGGCAAUCGUGAAAUUAGAGACUGGGAGUUUAUAGGGUAAACAAAUAAAAUGACAAUUGGUGGAAUCUGGAACAAAAACAAAUGUUGAAAGGACGCAGCCAUUGAAGCAGCAUCUGUAGAAAGAGAAAGCAGUUGAAGUUUUGGGUCAAUUAAUUUUUCUGAGAAGAAUUAGCUGGUUUCUCUUUCCACUGACUGAGCUCUUCCAUCAUAUUUGAUUUUAAUAUAGGAAAGAGUAUGCAAGGAUAGGAAUUAGAUCCGAUGAGAACCCUUCUGAAGCAUGGAUAUUAGAUGUUAUAUUCUGUGCAUGGAAGCCUCCACACUUAAGGAUAUUGAACUCAGUGAUGAACUAAGCUUAAUGAAUAACUUCCAUGGGAAGGACAUGGGGACAUGUAUGGGUUAGCCAAUUUGUUACUGUACACAUUGUACUGCAAUCAGGCUCUCACGUAAUCACAAACACAAGGGAUUCUGCAGAUGCUGGAAGUCCAGAGUAACACACACACACAAAAUGCUGGAGGACCUCAGCAGAUCAGGCGGCAUCUGUGGAAAGAAACGAAGAGUCAACGUUUCGGGCUGAGGGCCUUCAUCCUGAAAUGUCGAUUCUUUGUUCCUUUUCUUAGAUGCUGCCUGAUCUGCUGAGUUCAUCCAGCAUUUUGUAUGUGUUAGUGUAAUCACAAAAUGAAUGACAAAGACAGUCAGCAUAACUCUAACAUGUGAAAAAGGGGGAUAAUUCUUAGUUUGACAGGAUGGUGUUUUUUUAAAGUUUCUAAGGUCUGAAGGACCAUGUUGUGAAGUUCUGGGAUAAAAUGUCAGCUGCAGCCCUGUUACGCUUACUGAAUGCAAACUGAUUCAGGUUGAUGGUGAGCAGGAAAAGAAAGACUCGCAUUUAUUUAGUGCCUUUUAUGUGUGUUCCAAGACAUCACAAAGCACCCUGCAUCCAGUGAAAUGCAUCGUGCAGCAGGGAACUGCCAUGAUUGGUCCUCUGUUGAUCAAUUUCCAGUGGCUCGAGUACUGAGGAUAAAAACCAGGCAGAGAUUGUCCACAUGUUAACUGCAACCACCAUAUGGGUUAAUGAAAAAGUGAGAACAAAGUAACAAAUAAGACAUGUGCAAACCAACUUAUCAAACUAUUUAAUGUGGCCUUCCCACCAACCCAUCCCUCUGCCCACCUCACUGCCCCCUGCAGAUCAUUUUUGGUAUUUUUCACAGAAAUACAGAAUUAAGCAGGAGUGGCCUAUGACCCAACGCAUGCAUAUACACAGGGUUUCCCCGAACGAUUAAUGGAGUUGAAUAGUUGAGGGGAUCUGCUAGGUGUGGUAGCAAAGAGAAACUACUUACAUCUUUACCUAACAACUUCACCUUUAGUAAGCUUUCCAACCCAUCAGGAAACUUCAGGCUGUGUACAAUUCAGAAGGUGCAUUAUAUUGCACUGAUUCCUCUUGCUGCUGUCGUUGUCACUUCCAUACUGGAUCUCCCCUGAAUAUAAAUCUUUGUAUUUUAAUAUUCUGCGAUUUAUCAAUGUAAAUGUUAUAUGAUCAAUUUGUGAUAAGCACCAUCUACAUUUGCUCAGUCUAUUAAAAUUCU